GGAAACGGGGGUGCUCUAAGGACUUGGUGAGUCUCUAGCAAUCCCCGGGCCAAAGAAUCCCAGCGGUUCGUCUUUCCAAGGCCCAGACGGGGGAAGAGGACGCACUGUCCUGCUGAUAAGCUUUAAAGGGCAGGGGGGGAGAUUAUGCCAUGGCGAGAAGGUUUUCUGUGCCCCGUGGGGCGUUUCUCCCCAGGUCAGCGGUCUGAACACCCCCGGGCCUGGCCUGGCACCAGCAGACGGGAGGGUGUGGGAAGGAAGCUGCCCACGCUGACGCCGUGCCAGGAGGAGGCCCCGUGGCUGAGCACGGAGGGGUUGGUCACGGGCUGUUCCUCUCCGCCCCAGCUGGAGAACUACAUUCAGAUGAGCGUGAAGUCGGAGAUGGUGCAGAUGCAGCAGCACGCGGUGCAGAACCAGACGGCCACCAUGCUGGAGAUCGGCACCUCGCUGCUGAGCCAGACCGCCGAGCAGACCCGAAAGCUCACUGACGUGGAGGCUCAGGUCCUGAACCAGACGUCCCGCAUCGAGAUCCAGCUGCUGGAGAACUCCCUGUCCACCAACAAGCUGGAGAAGCAGCUGCUCCUGCAAACCAACGAGAUCCACGUGCUGCAGGGCAGGAACAGCAUCCUGGAGGGCCGGGUGCUGGAGAUGGAGACCAAGCACCAGACAGAGCUGGAGGGGAUCCGCUCCGAGAAGCAGCGGCUGCAGCGCCUGGUGAGCCGCCAGAGCAACACCAUCGAGGACCUGGAGAAGUCCCUGCACGCGGCCAGCAGCAACGCCAGCCUGCUCCAGCGCCAGCAGCUGCAGCUCCUCGAGUCCGUGCACAGCCUGCUCCAGCGCGUCUCGCAGGGCAGAGCUGCCCUGCGGAAGGAGGAGGGCACGUUCCAGGACUGCGCGGAGAUCCACCGCUCCGGAGCCAGCGCCAGCGGCGUCUACACGCUCCACAUCGCCAACUUGUCGGAGCCCAAGAAGGUGUAUUGUGACAUGGAGACAGAGCGCGGCGGCUGGACCGUGAUCCAGCACCGGGCCAACGGCAGCGUGAAUUUCCAGCGGAGCUGGAAGGAAUACAGACAGGGCUUCGGGGACCCAGCCGGGGAGCACUGGCUGGGCAAUGAAGCCGUGCACGUCCUGACCAGCCAGGCGCCCUACGCGCUGCGGGUGGAGCUCCUGGACUGGGAGGGCAACCAGGCCUAUGCCCACUACGGGAGGAUCCAGCUGGCGAGUGAGCGGCACCUGUACAGGCUGACGCUGCGGGGUUACAGCGGCCCGGCGGGGCAGCCCAGUGGCCUGGCCCUGCAGGGCACCAACUUCAGCACCCGCGACGCAGACAAUGACAACUGCCUCUGCAAGUGCGCCCAGAUGCUGUCUGGAGGCUGGUGGUUCGACGCCUGCGGCCUCUCCAACCUCAACGGCGUCUACUACCCUGCCCGGCACAACGUCCGCAAGCUCAACGGGAUCCGGUGGCCUCACUUCCAAGGGCCCAGCUACUCCCUCAAAGGCACACGCAUGCUGAUCCGACCGGCCGCCGUCUAGGCCCCCCGGGCAGGCCUACGUGGUCUGGACCUUGGGCCACGAGCCCCGAUGGAGAGAGGGCUCCCGGGACCCAGCACGGGGAGCUCUGGGCCUCCAGGGAGAAGGACGAG